CCUUUAGUUUGUGAUAAAUGGUGAUGUUGAUUUUGUGUCUCAUUCAAUCCGUAAGCUACAACUCGACCAUUUUCCCAAUAAAGAAACCAAGGUGCAAUAGUAGUAGUAGUAUAAAGUUUUGCGCCUCUCUUUCUAGACAGUCUUGAACUAAAGAUGAUAAAUGCCAAAAUACCCAAAUUCAAAUCUUUGGUCCCGUUAAAAGAAACUGAAAUUAACCACCUUUUAUGGCCGCCAAAAUUUUCUUCACUGCCGUUAGCUCUACAACACUAUAUCAAUUCGGACACUCCUAUACAUGGCCAAAAGAUCCAUUCAUACAUUCUCAAAGCUGGAUAUAAACCCAAUACCAAUAUAUGUAUCAAGCUUAUGAUACUUCAUUUAAAAUCUUCUUGCCUUUUCUAUGCGCGCCAAAUGUUCGACGAAAUGCGUCAGCCGACUCUCUCUGCUUAUAAUUACAUGAUUUCAGGUUAUGUAAAACAUGGGUUUGUCUUAGAAUCUUUUGAUAUGGUUAGAAAGCUGUGUCUUUCUGGUGAAACUCCAGAUGCGUAUACAUUAUCAAUGAUCUUGAAGGGCUCCACUAGUAGCUAUGCUGAGUUAUAUUUUCCUUGUAUUGGACAACCGGUUCAUGCCCGGAUAUUUAAAUGCGUCGUUGAGGGUGAUGAUGUGCUUUAUACGGCAUUAGUUGACUCGUAUGUGAAGAGCGGGAGGGUGGACUAUGCGAGGAGAGUGUUUGAUUUGAUGUUGGAAAAGGAUGUAGUUUGCUCGACGUCAUUGAUAACAGGGUACAUGAAUCAGGGUUAUAUUGAGGAUGCUGAAGAUGUGUUUAGUAGAACGACAGAGAAAGAUGUUGUGGUGUUCAAUGCAAUGAUUGAAGGUUAUAGCAAACAAGUUGAAAAUGCUAAGAAGGCAAUUGAGGUUUACAUUGACAUGCAACGUUUGGGUUUUAGGCCGAACAUUUCUACUUCUGCAAGCAUUAUUGGGGCUUGUUCUGCUCUAGCAGAAUUUGAAAUUAGUCAACAAGUUCAAGGGCAGCUCAUGAAGACCGAGUUAAUUGAGCAUGUAAAAAUUGGAAGUGCUUUAAUUGACAUGUAUUCGAAGUGUGGGUUGGUUGAGGAUGCAAGAAGAGUCUUUAACUACAUGCCUGAGAAGAAUGUCUUCUCGUGGACUUCCAUGAUUGACGGAUAUGGGAAAAAUGGGUAUCCUAAUGAGGCGCUUGAACUAUUUAGUAUAAUGCAAAUAGAUCAUCUCAUUGUUCCAAACUAUGUUACAUUUCUAAGUGCUCUCUCUGCUUGUGCACAUUCUGGGCUAGUUGCUAAAGGAAGAGAGAUUUUUGAAAGCAUGGAGAGAGAUUAUUCUAUGAAGCCAAGGACGGAACAUUAUGCUUGCAUGGUUGAUAUCUUGGGCCGCUCUGGGAGUUUAAAUCAGGCAUUAGAGUUUGUAAUUAAUAUGACUGAAAGGCCAGAUUCUGAUGUUUGGGCAGCUUUACUCAGUUCUUGUAGACUGCAUGGAGAUGUGGAAUUGGCUAAUUUAGCUGCCAAUGAACUUUUCAAGCUGAGUAGUGAUAGUCGUCCAGGGGCAUAUGUUGCGCUAUCUAAUGCUCUGGCAGAUGCUGGGAGAUGGGAUGGUGUAAGUGAACUUAGGAAGAUUAUGAAGAUUAGAGGAAUAUCAAAAGGUACAGGCUUCAGUUGGGUUGGUGGUGAUAGUAGCUUGAAAGCUUUCUUUGCAGGACAACAGAUUUAAUUAAAGAUAAUAGUAGCAUUUUUGCACUCAGUUAAUCUGAUGACUUGCUCUUUUCUGUAUAUACAGUUUAAAUGAUCUAAACCCUGGUAGUUCAGGUUCAUAAUUGCCAAUCUUUACCCACUUAUGCAUGCCUGAACAGGACGAUAGAAAAUGUAUAUCUGACUAGUUGAAAUUAUCCAAUGGAAAAUAUUCCUAUUCAGCUACAUGGUUUGGCUUUCUUCACCCUUGUACAAGGAUUCAAGUUCAUAUGCCUGAGCUUGUGUUUAUAUCCUUCAAGAAGAAAUUCCUUCUAUUAAACUCAGGUGCAGGUCUUCCUAUAUUCAUGCUCGCAUAAGGAGUGAAGAGGAAUAACUUGUUGACAGUCAGAUUUCCAGAGUUUGCUAGUGAGAGAGCUGUCCACUUUCCUGCAUUUAUCAAUCUAGAUCCCCAGGACAUCUAGGAAGGUGUGUUUCUUUGAUUGGCUGAUAACCAAGGUAGAGACAUCGAUAGCAGGGAGAAUCUGAUGAAGUGGAGGAUUAUUUUUAUUAGUGGGUGCAUCAUGUGUAGAUGUUCGGUCUUCAUGUAAAUCAUCUUCUGCUACAUUAUUGGAUGGCAGCGCAUUUGUGGUGGGUGGUCCUGAAUUGGUUCGGUGUACAAUGGAUGAUGCCAAGCAUGUGAAGGAAACCCUGCAAUAGGGGCGGAACUAGGUAUAGAUAAAGAAAGGGCGUAGAAUGCAUGUCAUAAGACCAGUCACAGCACAAAUCUAACAAAGCCACAUGCAGGCUGCGGCUACAUGAAAGGAGAUGUUUUUUUCAUUUCCCCUCGUGUUUUUGGUAGUUAGAAGUAUUUUACAUUCUGCAGAAGUGGAUGCAGAUUGUCAAUGUCACUUAACAUCCGAGCUCCAAGUACCUUACAUGGAUUGAUCCUCUCCAGAAGAUCUUGUAUACACGGAUCAUUACAUAAAUGAGGUAGCUGGGAAGUCCUAUCAAGAAAAUCCAUCAUUCCUGUUGUGCUGUCCCACCCGGUCACGAGGUCUUGAAUAUCAGAUUUCUAACAAUGGAGCUUUCAUCUUCAAUCCCGGUUUCUAGUCACUAUGCCAUCUGUUUCAUGGAGAAAACUUCUUGUUAGCCUCAAGGAACAGGUAACCAUCUCCACACCUAUGAUAUUAACCUUAGCGUUGGAAAACAUGAAUAUGUGCUGGUCCCAUUUUCUUAAUUUUAGUCCAUAAUAAAGACUACUAUAUUCAACCCCGGAAAGCAGCCGGUAUAUGUGAAGUACCUUUUGAAAGCCCCUAUUCAUUCUUGAUUGGACCAUCAUCAUUUAUGCCUAGGAGACAGGGUUAAUCAAUAAUCAUCUUCAAAUUUUGCAAGUUGUCAUUGAAUUGAAUAUAGGGGUAGUGGCUCUUCAUAUUUUUUUUUUUUUUGUAUAGACAACAAGUCUACAUCAAUCUGAUCUGAUGGUCAUGAGCGAGUUCUUUUGCGGAUACCUUGUGUCUGGAGUAAGAGAGAGCAAAGUCUUUUCUAGCCCCUUUAGAGUAUGUUUUAUUAAGACUAAUUGGGUCCAUCAUUGUUGCCAGAUUUGAUUGUUUUCUUUUGUCAACUUUUAGCAAAAUUAUACUAACAAGGAUUGAUUUCUUUUGGUAAAUACUUCCAUACUUGUAUAUAUUUGCAUCAGUAGCUUAAUGUUUUAAGUACUAUUUUGCAUCAAGUCCCUUGAAGCUCAUGCAAUCCAUAAAUAACUAGCAGGAAUAUUAUUUUAUAUCUAUAUAAGUUUUUUCUCUUAAACAAAACGACAUAAGGAGAACAAAUAGUUAGGAGUACAUGGGUUGUGAUCACUGGUCUCCUGAACGACAACUGACAUGUUUGGAGGCGGGUGAGUAUCAUAGCUGACUUAAUCGUUAGUCUCUUUUAGGAAAGCUUGUAUGUUUUAGACCCAUGCCAGUGGUCUUGUAGGCAGUUGCACAUACAAAGAUUGCACCUAUUGCCAGUGGCGGAAUUUGGAUUUUCACUACGGGGGGAUCAAAAUAUAAAGAAGUAGACCUACGAAGAAGCCAAGGGGUGCAAUAUGUAGUAUAUG